AUGCUUUCAUCUCUUGUGGUUUCUUGGUCUCCUAUGUUUCAUGGUGACACCUCAUCAGAGGGAUGCUCUAUACUUGCCAUCGGGGGUAAAAGUGGAAAUAUCUCAUUUUGGAGAGUCUAUGAACCACAAUGUUACUCCAUCACACAACGAAGCAAGCCACCUGGCGCUUUGCUGAUUGGAUUAAUCCAAGCACAUGAUUCGUGGAUUACAGCAAUCAGUUGGUCAAAGUUUGACUCUCAGCUUCUUUUGUCUACAGGAUGUUCUGAUGGGAGUGUGAAAAUUUGGCGGGGAUAUACUGAUGACCUGGCGAAGUCAACUGAAGAUGGUGAUGCUGCAUUUUCAUUGUUGAAAGAUGUUAUAAACAUUGGAUCGGGCCCCACAUCUGUACUUUCACUAAUUGUUCCGGAAGCUUCUCCACAAAAGAUACUCCUAGCUGUUGGGAAAGGCUCUGGAUCUUUACAAGUAUGGAUUUAUGACACUUUGAUUGACAAAUUUGAUGUAAUUGCUCCACUUUCUGGCCAUGACCAAAUUGUUACGGGUUUGGCUUGGGCUUAUGAUGGACACUGCUUGUACAGUUGUAGCCAGGAUAAUUCUUUGCAUAGCUGGAUCAUAAAAGGAGAUUCCCUCCAUAGAGUUGCUUUACCUCCAAAUAUUCUUGGUGUUAAGACCUUCACGGAUGUCCCUAAUGUGUCUGAUGCAUGUUUUGGCAUAGCAGUAUCCCCUGCUAAUCUUGUGGUUGCUGUGGUUCGAAGCUUUGAUGUGAAUCUGUUGAAUCCAAUGUAUGAGGCAAGGUCACAGAAGGCUGCUGUUGAGUUCUUCUGGAUUGGUGGACAAAACCUAGGAAUUUUAAAAGAUGAAGAAUCUGAUGAUGAAAAUUUCCCUGGUUUUCCCAAUAUGGAUUUGGUCAACUGGGGUCAAAACAUAUUAUGGUCUUUAAAUCAAUAUGAAAAUCUUCACAAGCCUUUGGUUUUAUGGGACAUGAUAGCAGCAUUAUCAGCUUUCAAAGAUUCACAACCCAACUAUGUAGAACAAAUACUGGUCAAAUGGCUGAUUUCAAAUCUUAAAUUUGAGUGGGGCCCACCUGGAAUCAUUUUGCCACGUGUCAAUACACAUCUCUCAAACUUAACCUCACGCCAGUUGCAUCUGCUCAAUGUUAUUAACAGACAUGUGCUUUUAAGAGAAGCAGAGUUAGAUAACAACAACGGUGAACAAGACUCGAAAUUUUGGAUAAAGAUUCUCGAAAUGAGUGAAAAAGAACUUCGAGAAAGACUCGUUGGUUGUAGCUUUUCAGCCACACUUAAAGGGUAUAAUGGUAAUUUACAUCCGGUUGGAUUGGCACAGAUGAGAUCAUGGGUUGCUAAUAACGACCAUGUGGUUAAAGAUUAUGUCAAGCUCCUUGCUUCUAAAGUUAAAAAGAUUGAGAAAAGAUAUGUAGGAGAAGAGGAAUGUAGCUACUGUUCAUCAUCAGUUCCAUUUGAGGAUACAGAAGUUGGAUUUUGCAAAGUUGAGAAUCAUAAAGUUGCAAGAUGUGCAGUUUCCAUGGUUGUGUGCCCUCUUACUCCAUUAUGGUUUUGUGUAUCUUGUAAAAGAUGGGUAUCAAAUUUUGCCCCUGAGAGUCUUUUUAAGUUGACCAAACACCCUCCAACAGUUGACUUUGAGAAAAGAUUGAAGCUAAAGACACCUCUCAGGCAAAACGAAAAGAAACAAAGCCCUAGAAUCUAUCAGGAGAAAACUUCCAGCGUGAAGAAGGUAUUGAGAGGGUGUUCAAGCGCCCACACCACAACUACCGGCGAGCUUGGACCUUCGACCAACAGAUUGAAAUUCAAAUUAACCGAAGUAUCUUCUCCAUCGCCACCUCAACUUGGAUUUGAUAACGCUCUGCUUCCGCUUGCAACAUACGAAGACGAGGAUGACGAAGAUGAUGAGCGUGAUGGUAAGAAAGUUGAGGAAAACGGUCAUAAUAACCACGAGGAAGAGGAGGAAGACGACGAGGAAGAGGAGAAUAAUAAUGGAUUUGGUAUAGGGAGGCGUAAUAGGGCAAUUGAAAUCCGUAGAGACUGCCCCUACCUUGAUACCGUUAAUCGCCAGGUUUUGGAUUUUGACUUUGAAAAGUUCUGUUCAGUGUCUUUAUCAAAUUUAAACGUGUACGCAUGUUUGGUAUGUGGUAAAUACUUCCAAGGAAGAGGACAAAAGUCACAUGCAUAUACUCAUAGCCUUGAAGCAGGUCACCAUGUCUACAUUAAUCUCAGAACAGAAAAAGUUUAUUGUCUGCCUGAUGGUUAUGAAAUCAAUGACCCUUCACUUGAUGAUAUUCGCCAUGUCCUCAACCCCAGGUUUAGCAGAGACCAAGUUUUGCAACUUGAUAGAAACAGACAAUGGUCAAGGGCGCUUGAUGGAUCUGAUUAUCUCCCUGGAAUGGUUGGGCUUAAUAAUAUUAAAGAGACUGAUUUUGUAAACGUGACAAUUCAAUCUUUAAUGCGAGUGACACCCUUGAGAAACUUCUUCCUCAUCCCUCAAAAUUACAUCAACAGUAGAUCUGUUCUUGUUCAUCGUUUUGGUGAGCUAACAAGGAAGAUAUGGCAUGCAAGGAACUUCAAAGGACAGGUGAGUCCUCAUGAAUUUUUGCAAGCGGUUAUGAAAGCGAGUAAAAAACGUUUCCGUAUAGGGGCACAAUCCGAUCCGGUUGAAUUCAUGUCAUGGCUUCUCAAUACCCUUCACACAGACCUUAAAAGUCCAAAAACCAAAAAAAGUAUUAUUCAUCAAUGUUUUCAGGGUGAGUUAGAAGUUGUGAAAGAAAUUCAUGUAAAAGAUGAAAGCAAUACUAUGAAUAUCGUAUCUGAGAAAAGUAGAAUGCCAUUUUUGAUGCUGGGUCUCGAUCUACCCCCACCCCCACUUUUCAAAGACGUGAUGGAAAAAAACAUUAUUCCUCAGGUUCCACUUUUUAAUAUACUGAAGAAAUUCGAUGGGGAAUCUGUUACAGAAGUUGUGCGUCCUCGUAUAGCCAGGAUGAAAUAUCGUGUGACGCGACUUCCACAGUAUCUUAUCCUACACAUGCGCCGCUUUACGAAAAAUAAUUUCUUUGUGGAGAAAAACCCAACACUUGUUAAUUUCCCUGUGAAGAAUUUGGAGCUGAAGGAUUAUAUACCUUUACCUGCGGUGAAAGAGGAAGAAAGUCAAAGGCUGCGGUCAAAAUAUGAUUUAAUAGCAAACAUUGUUCAUGAUGGAAAACCGGGUGAAGGUGCUUAUAGGGUGUUUGUACAACGCAAGUCGGAAGAGCUAUGGUAUGAGAUGCAGGAUCUUCAUGUGGCGGAAACGCUUCCACAAAUGGUGGCUCUUUCAGAGGCUUACAUGCAGAUAUACGAACAGCAACAGCUGCCACAUCAGCAAAUGCAGUGAUAUUUGAUAUUUCCUGUGUUAGGAGACCGUUGGUCCAAAUUUAGAAAGGGCACCUCAAGUGGGUCAAAGUUGAAAGAAGUGACCAAUGGCAGUGCCAGUGGGCGUGGGGUUUUCAUUUUUAAUGCCUGACACGUUUUUUUUCAUUUACAUCUUCUUCAAAUCGGCAUUUAUUUUGAAAUAAGUUGAUUUGCUUUCUAUUUCAUGCACAAAUAUAAUAAUUACGAAAAACAAAACACUUAAAUCUAAUUUUCAACUCUUACAUCAACCUUGAACUUUUUAAGUAUAACACGGUGCAUUUUGAAGUUUUUGUUAUAAUGUACAACAUUAUGCCACUUUUAAAUACUAUUAAAAUUCUUUAUCCGACAUGUUUCAAAUACAAACAUUACUAUAUUAUAUAAUUCUUCGUUUUUAAUCCUUAACAUAUAUCUAUAGUAAUUAAUCAAAUUUCUUUUUAUCAAAGGAAAUAAAAUGAAAGUAUGUUCCAUAUAUUUGUCGGCAAGCAUCUAUUUAUAACCGUAACCAACAAGUGCUAAUAAUAAUAAAUAAUAUUUUUUUUAUCAAAGGAAAUAAAUGAAACCCCAAAAGAUUUGUGGCCUCGUUUGUAAUUAAAAAUUUGAUUUUUUACGACAUGGCACUUGAAUAUUUUGUGGUUAAAAAUAGUCAUAUAUUACGAUUAUCCCAUAAGAUUUUUUAUACUCUAUAAUACGUUUGUGGUAAAUAUUUUAGGGGGACAAACUGAAUCAUACAUCAUCAGAUUUUUGAUAUUUUGUUUCUUUUUGGUUUACAUCUUUUUCUAUCACUUCAUUUCAUUUGUAUAUAUCAUGUACUUAUUGAGUUUAGAAUCAAAACCAUCUCCAAACAUGCAUACCCUCUCUAUAUAUGCAUAACUUAUUCCACAUCAAAAUUUAUUAUGUCUUCUAACAAAUAGAAUAUAACAACUAAAGUUGACCAAGUGUUAUAUCUACCCAUUUCUCACCACAACAUCAAACUUCAAUUCAAGAACUACCACCAUGGAAUUCCAAGAAGAUAUCAAGAAUCUUAUGAAGGUAUCUCUUUUAGCAUCAAUUUCUCUUGGUUAUUGCUACUUUAUGGGUAAAAUCAUCCCAAAAGGUUUUCCAAGACUCUUAACAUUCCUUCCUGUCAUUCUAGUUUUUCUUUCCAUUCCACUCUUGUUUAAUUCCGUUCAUCUCAUAGGGGCACUUUCUUUAUGCAUCUCUUGGCUUGCUAAUUUUAAACUCAUCCUUUUCGCCUUUGAAACAGGACCCCUUUCCGCCCCUUCCAUUCCCCUCUCCCGAUUCCUUUCCCUCGCUUGUUUUCCCAUCGAAAAGAGCAUCCCAAGGAAAAACCUGACCCAUAAAUCCCCUUACAACUAUGGAAUUAAAGCUCUCCUUCUUGCGAUUUUCCUUAAGGUCUAUCAUGAUCAUGGGGAUCAUAUACACCCCAUGAUCGCUUGGUUCUUCUUUUCGUUCUCAGUCUACUUCUUUUUAGACCUCCUACUGACUAUCAGUUCCAUGGUAAUGGAAUUCUUACUAGGGGUCAAACUUGACCCCCAGUUCGACGAGCCUUAUCUGUCCACUUCCCUCCAAGAUUUUUGGGGGAGGAGGUGGAAUGUCAUGGUCAACCGAAUUCUCUAUCCAACCAUUUACAAUCCAGUCCGAACACUGUUAGCUCGGGCCAUCGGUCAUAUGUGGGCCCCAAUACCCGCAAUCUUGAUAACAUUUGCAGUCUCGGGUCUUAUGCAUGAACUUAUUUUCUUUUACUUCACCCGAGAAAGGCCAACAUGGGAUACCAUGCUUUUCUUUUGUCUACAUGGAGUCUCGUUGGUUAUGGAGACAACAAUCAAGAAAUUUGUUAAUGUUAAAUGGAGUUUACCCCGCCACAUAACCGCCCCAUUGGUGGUUGCAUUCGUGUUGGUGACAUCUUAUUGGUUGUUCUUUCCUGAACUCCGACGAUGUAAAAUCGCAGAAAGAGCAUUUGAAGAUUACGAGGCUAUAGCGAAGAUGGUAACUUUUGUUGUAUGAUGUACAAAUAGUUAUAAAAGAUAUUUUGAGUUAUGGCUUUUUUUUUUUUCUAAUAAAAUUGUACAUGAAGCAUUA